GGUCAUAGCCGUGGAGAUGGGAAAGUAAUUUGACUAGCCUGUUUAUUUUGCUGCUGUCUAGAUACGAUAUCGCACUGGUACGACGUGGGACAUUAGCGCCAUUACGGAAAAUCUAAACAUUUGAUUUAUCAACGGGACAGGCCAAGCUAUUCGUCUAAAUUCAACGGGACAUCCGACGUUUCCUAACUUCAGCUAUCUCUGAUUGGACUGUCUCCAAAACGACCACAGUCUGCUAGCAACAUUUCACUAACGUUAUUCGAAGGACACGAUAUCAAGGCGUGACAAAAUCCCUGAGGACUGGCAAUUGUCUCCGUAGGACUGACUUUUGGUGUCCUAUAUAUCGACACUUCGAGUUUCUUGCACAGUGUGAAAUGUUUUGUCUGCAAGACCGCUAACAUCACCUAGCCAACGUAAACAGUUGGUUUGCGCAGCUAGCCCUCCUGCGAACUUUUCAAUGAAUGGGCAGUCUAGUUGCUUUGGCAAGGCAACCUUUUGCUUACUAUCUCAAACUAGAAGUGUAGGAGGAUUAUGUCCAGUAGCAGACAACGUUGAAGAGGCAUCGACAAGAGGGCCACAUGCCAUUUGUCUUUUAAUGAAGAGAGAUCCUUAUGGAUGUAUAUUCAUCGCAGGCUAACAUCGGGCACUGGCAAACAACGCAAUGUUAGCAGACUGCCUUGCUAAGUAGUUGACAAUAGUCGACCUGACAUCGAGGGCUAUUGGGAAUCUAAUGGAAACUCGUUGAGAAAUUUCUUCAGCGCGCUGUCAUCAUAACAACCAAAUGGUGUUAACAGCCCUAUUUUCAGGCACUUUGCAUAAAAUGCGUCCCAUUUUUAAUGCAUCGACAGGACAAGGUGACGGUCUUGCCCUGUGCCUCAGGUAACGUUAGCUAUUUUUUUUAGCUGAGCGUAGUGCGCAGGGGAGUGGUUGUGUUGACUGCUCGGCCCGCAGCUUCCUUAUGAUGAAAUAAGACAAGUGACAAGAACUUUUAAAGGGCAUAUUUUCUUAAUUUUGCAUUUAUUUGCAAUCUUUUUGGACAAAGAUAGAACUUGCCAAGCAUCCUGCAUUGUGGGACUUCGCAGACAUGACCUGAACUGCAGUGUGUGUGUGUUUUUUCUUCAUCAGCCCGACGGCCUAAUCAUGGAAGUCUGCUUAAAAAAUAGCAACUACCGUCAUGGAAGUUCAUUUUUAAACUGAAUCAUGAGCAAAUCCGUGGAAUUUCAUCAUUAGUUUUUACCAGAAACUACAGCCACAACGGUGACCAUUAUUGAAGUUAACGCUGAUGUGAGAUUGAUAAGAUCCUUUUAACCUUCCUCAUCAUGUCCAUGUACACUGAAUUUGUACCUCCUCCGGAAUGUCCAGUUUUUGAGCCAAGUUGGGAAGAUUUUUCAGAUCCUUUAGGAUUUAUAAACAAAAUACGACCCAUCGCUGAGAAGACUGGAAUCUGUAAAAUCCGACCUCCUGUGGAUUGGCAGCCUCCUUUUGCUUGUGAUGUUCGAAACUUCCGCUUUACACCUCGCGUGCAGAGGCUCAAUGAACUUGAGGCACUCACCAGGGUGAAGCUCAACUUUUUGGAUCAGAUUGCCAAGUUUUGGGAGCUCCAGGGUUGCAGACUACGCUUCCCUCACGUGGAGAAGAAGAUUCUGGACUUGUAUUUGCUUAGCAAGAUCGUCUCAGCAGAAGGGGGGUUUGAGACGGUGUGCAAGGAGAAGCGAUGGUCUAAGGUGGCCAGUCGAAUGGGCUUCCCCGCGGGCAAGGGCACCGGCUCCCUGCUCCGCUCCCACUUCGAGAAGAUUCUCUAUCCCUACGAGCUCUUCCAGUCCGGGGCCUCGCUCACGGGUAUCCAGAGGCUGUAUGAGGAAGGAGAAGAGGCAGAGGAGCCGGACGAGGGCAUCGAGGGUGGAGUGGAGGAAGAGGAGGAGGAGGAGGAACAGAGGGAGAAAGAGUGCAGGGACAGUAAAGAGGGCCUGUGCGACCGGACGCAGAGCAAGGACCAGCCCUCAUCCGAGAGACGCUCGCGCCGGCUCAAAUCUGAGCGAGAAAACAAGGAGCCAAAAAGCCUUCAGAUCUUUGGCACAAGCCCCAAGAUGGGGGCACUGGAAAUAGUCUUGGCUGAUGAUGCUUUCCUCAAGAAGCAGCGCCAUAUGAAAGCUCAAGCCUUUGCCAUUAAGAUGCGACCACGCAAAGAAACAUUGGAGGUCAACUUCAUCGAUCUGUAUUUGUGCCUGGUGUGUGGGCGGGGCGAUGAGGAGGACCGCCUCCUGCUGUGUGACGGCUGCGAUGACAGCUACCACACCUUCUGCCUGAUCCCGCCCCUGCAGGACGUCCCCAAGGGAGACUGGCGCUGCCCCAAGUGUGUGGCAGAGGAAUGCAGUAAACCAAGGGAGGCCUUUGGCUUUGAGCAAGCCGUACGAGAGUACUCGCUGCAGAGCUUUGGGGAGAUGGCAGACCACUUCAAGUCCGACUACUUCAAUAUGCCAGUGCACAUGGUCCCUACAGAGCUGGUGGAGAAGGAGUUCUGGCGUCUGGUGAGCAGCAUCGAGGAGGACGUGAUCGUGGAGUACGGGGCAGAUAUCAGCUCCAAAGACGUGGGCAGCGGCUUCCCCAUCAGGGACGGCAAGAGGAGAUUACUGGGAGAUGAAGAGGAGUAUGCCAACUCUGGCUGGAACCUGAACAACAUGCCGGUGCUGGAGCAGUCGGUGUUGCGGCACAUCAACGUGGACAUCUCUGGCAUGAAGGUGCCCUGGCUCUACGUGGGCAUGUGCUUCUCCUCCUUCUGCUGGCACAUCGAGGACCACUGGAGCUACUCCAUCAACUUCCUCCACUGGGGGGAGCCCAAGACGUGGUACGGUGUUCCCGCUCACGCGGCGGAGCAGCUUGAGGCAGUGAUGAAGAAGCUGGCUCCGGAACUCUUCGACUCUCAGCCGGACCUGCUGCACCAGCUGGUCACCAUCAUGAACCCCAACAUCCUCAUGGAGCACGGCGUACCGGUGUACCGAACCAAUCAGUGUGCUGGAGAGUUUGUGGUGACCUUCCCGAGGGCGUAUCACAGCGGCUUCAAUCAAGGCUACAACUUUGCUGAGGCUGUCAACUUCUGCACAGCAGACUGGUUGCCGAUGGGUCGUCAGUGUGUGGCCCACUACCGCCGCCUCCAUCGCUACUGCGUCUUCUCCCACGAGGAGCUGCUCUGCAAGAUGGCCGCUGACCCCGACAGCCUGGACGUGGAGCUGGCGGCCGCCGUGGUGCGGGAGCUGGGAGACGUCAUGGAGGAGGAGACGCGGCUGCGGCAGGCCGCCCUGGACAUGGGGGUGCUGUCCUCGGAGCAGGAGGUGUUUGAGCUGGUGCCUGACGACGAGCGGCAGUGCCACCGGUGUAAGACCACCUGCUUCCUGUCCGCCCUCACCUGCUCCUGCAGCCCUGAGCGCCUCGUCUGCCUGCACCACACCGCCGACCUCUGCGACUGCCCGCUCACCAACAAAUGUCUUCGAUUCAGGUACGACUUGGAGGAAUUUCCCUCCAUGCUCUACGGUGUGAAGUCUCGAGCCCAGUCGUAUGACACCUGGGCCAAGAGGGUGACUGAGGCACUGGCAGCCGAUCACAAGAAUAAGAAGGACCUGAUUGAGCUGAAGGUGAUGCUGGAGGAUGCGGAGGACAGGAAGUAUCCGGAGAACAACCUGUUCAGGGAGCUGCGGGAGAUGGUGAAAGAGGCCGAGACCUGCUCCUCAGUAGCGCAGCUGCUGCUCAGCCACAAGCAGAAACACAGGCAGCGUCCCGAGGUGAGCCGCACGCGCAGCAAGCUGACGGUGGAGGAGCUGAAGGCCUUUGUGGAGCAGCUCUUCCGGCUGCCCUGUGUCAUCAGCCAAGCACGACAGGUCCAGGAGUUGCUGGAGAACGUGGAGGAGUUCCACGAGCGAGCGCAGGAGGCGCUGACCGACGAGACCCCCGACUCCUCCAAGCUGCAGGCCCUGCUGGACCUGGGCGCCGGGCUGGACGUGGAGCUGCCCGAGCUGCCGCGCCUCAAGCAGGAGCUGCAGCAGGCGCGCUGGCUGGACGAGGUGCGCCUGACGCUGGCCGAGCCGCAGCGCGUCACCCUGGAGCUCAUGAAGAGGCUGAUCGACUCGGGCGUGGGGCUGGCGCCGCACCACGCCGUGGAGAAGGCCAUGGCCGAGCUGCAGGAGAUCCUCACCGUGUCGGAGAGAUGGGAGGACAAGGCACGCGCCUGCCUACAGGCCAGACCUCGCCACAGCAUGGUAACUCUGGAAAGCAUUGUGUACGAAGCCAAGAACAUUCCUGCAUACCUCCCCAAUGUGUUAGCACUUAGGGAUGCCCUACUGAAAGCCAAAGAGUGGACUUGCAAAGUGGAAGCCAUACAGAAUGGCACCAACUAUGCCUACCUGGAGCAGCUGGAGAGUCUGCUGGGUCGCGGCCGCAGCAUCCCCGUGCGGCUGGAGUCCCUGCCCCAGGUGGAGUCCCAGGUGGCCUCGGCCAGAGGCUGGAGGGAGAGGACCGCACGCACCUUCCUCAAGAAGAACUCCACAUACAACUUACUGCAGGUGCUGAGCCCUCGCGUGGACAUCGGCGUGUACGGCAACAGCAAGAGCAAGCGUAAGCGUGCCAAGGAGCUGCUGCUGGAGAAGGAGCGGUGUGGCGGCGGAGGCAGCGGGCUGCUGGAGCUGGAGGGCCUGGUGGGGGAGGCGGGCCUGGACGAGGGGGGACUCCUGCUGCUGGACGAGGCCGCCGCUGCACGAGACCCCGCCAGCGUGGUGGCCGCCUUCAAGGCCAAGGAGCAGAAGGAGGUGGAGGCCAUGCACUCCCUGCGCGCCGCCAACCUGGCCAAGAUGGCCAUGGCCGACCGCAUCGAGGAGGUCAAGUUCUGCCUGUGCCGCCGCACGGCCAGCGGCUUCAUGCUGCAGUGCGAGCUCUGCAAGGACUGGUUCCACGGCGCCUGCGUGCCGUUACCCAAGACCAGCUCGCAGAAGAAGCUGGGCUCCUCCGGCUGGCACAGCAGCAGCGCCAGCAAGGAGUCCAAGUUCCUGUGCCCGCUGUGCCAGCGCUCGCGGCGGCCUCGCCUGGAGACCAUCCUGUCGCUGCUGGUGUCGCUGCAGAAGCUGCCGGUGCGGCUGCCCGAGGGAGAGGCGCUGCAGUGCCUGACGGAGAGGGCCAUGAGCUGGCAGGACCGGGCGCGGCAGGCGCUAGCCACCGACGAGCUGUCCUCGGCCCUGGCCAAGCUGUCGGUGCUCAGCCAGCGCAUGGUGGAGCAGGCGGCGCGAGAGAAGACCGAGAAGAUUAUUAAUGCGGAGUUGCAAAAGGCGGCCGCCAACCCAGACCUGCAGGGUCACAUCCAGACGUUCCAGCAGGCCGGCUUCAGCAGGGCCACGUCUCCACGGCCGUCAGUGGACUACGAUGACGAGGAGACCGACUCGGAUGAGGACAUCCGGGAGACCUACGGCUACGACAUGAAGGACCCAGGGGAGGUGAAGCCCUACCUGUUCUGUGACGAGGAGAUCCCCGUCAAGUCUGAGGAGGUGGUGAGCCACAUGUGGCCGGCCACGCCCUCCUUCUGCGCCGAGCACGCCUACUCCUCCGCCUCCAAGUCAUGUGCUCAGAGUGCGGCCACCCCUCGCAAGCAGCCGCGGAAGACCCCGCUGGUGCCGCGCAGCCUGGAGCCCCCGGUGCUGGAGCUGUCGGCGGCCGCCAAGGCCCAGCUGCAGGAGCUGAUGAUGGUGGGCGACCUGCUGGAGGUCUCCCUGGACGAGACCCAGCACAUCUGGCGCAUCCUGCAGGCCACGCAUCCGCCCUCCGAGGAGCGCUUCCUGCAGGUCAUGGAGCCUGAGGAUGCCCUGCUGGAGAAGCCUCUGAAGCUGAAGCUGAAGGAUGCGGAGAAGAAGCGCAAGAGGAAGCUGGAGCGCGCCGAGCAGCACCAGCACCAGCACCAGCACCUCCUGCUGGCCGGAGGAGGCGGCGACGGACGAUCCCCCAAGUCUUCCAAGGAGCUGAAGAGGAGCGGCGUGGGUGCCGACGGCCUGGGCGGAAAGCCCAAGAAGAAGAAGCUGAAGCUCAACGUGGACAAGGCCCGCGAGCUGAAGCUGCUGGCCAAGCGGCUGGCCAAAGAGGAGAAGGAGAGGAAGAGGAAGGAGAAGGCGGUGGCCAAGGCCGAGGCCAUGAAGGAAGGGCUGGAGAAGAAGCGCGAGAAGAAGAUCCUGGACAUCCCCUCUAAGUACGACUGGUCCGGAGCGGAGGACUCCAACGACGAGAACGCGGUUUGUGCGGCCAAGAACUGCCAGCGGCCGUGCAAAGACAAGGUGGACUGGGUGCAGUGCGACGGCGGCUGUGACGAGUGGUUCCACCAGGUGUGCGUGGGCGUGUCGUGCGAGAUGGCCGAGACCGAGGACUACAUCUGCAUGGCGUGCCAGCGCAAGGCGGCCGGCAUCAGCGGCGUGAGUGUCGGUGGCAUGAGCGGCGUCAGUAGUGGUGGACAUAUGCUGAAGGUGGCCAUGGAAACGGUAGUGAUGUCAGCGCCGGUCGUCUGCUCGGUCCCCAGUCCCACGGACUCUCAUCCCGACCCCCAGCAGAGCAGCUAGUGGGGAAGGGGGGUAUGAAAACGAACCAAGUUCUCCCACAACCUAGGAGGAAGAGGAGGAGGAGGAGGAGGAGGAUUCACGCUAAGAUAGCCCCGUAGCUCUCCCCCCUCUUCCACCACUGACCGACCCCCACCCAGGGUCCCAGACUGCCACCAGCCUGAGAGAUCCGUCCGUAGUGACUUCUUCUCCAGGCUGUGGAGGAUGGCAGGCAGGCGGGCAGGCACUGAGGAUGGAUGAAGGACAUGGUGGUUCGUAAGGAGAGGCCUGAGAAGACGGGAACAAGCCAAGCAACGGGAGGACUCCAAGCCUCUGGCCCCAGAUGGUUGGAGGAACACUUGGGAAAGGUAGAUGGAACGAGGGAACGGGGAGGCCAUGGGACAGACAGAUCGCAGGUCAAAAACGCGGGAUGUCCAAUUUUUUUCUCCUUUAGUUAACUCUCGUGAACUCUUUUGUUGUCUUCUUCAUGUGAUUUUUUUUCCCCUGGUACUUUUGUACAUAUUGGCUGUCUAUUCAAGACUUUAAAAAAAACAUACCUGCUCUAUUGUUUGUUUUGCUUGCUUUGAGCAGAACACGUCCCCUUUAGCCUACCAAUAACAAUCACCAUAGAGCAGAAUGGAGAACGUUGGAACUGAACACUUUCUUUUUAAAAUAUGAGUCAAGUGGUGACCCUGUUGGUACUGUGGUCUGUGCCCCGCUGUAUCUCUCUCUCACACACACACGCACACACAGUCCCCCGUCUGCUGUGCCAUGGCAGUGUACAGAAUAGGAAGCGGCACCCUGAGCUCCAGCACCAGUUGUCUACAUCCCCUAGUAGUGAUCAUGAUGACUCCUUGUUGUCUACAGCAGAACAAUGUGCCCCUCCACUCCACUCCACUCCACACCACACACCUCUCUCACCUGUUUGUCAAGACGGGUGUCUGGGUCUGUUUUACAGCAGGCACUGCAACAACAAUUGUAUGUAGUAAAGGUAUUUAUAAUGUAAAUAGGUUUUAAGAAAAUUAAUGAUUGGAUGUGGCUUUUUUUUCUCACUUCUUUAUUAAAAUAUUCUUAGUCAGAUGAA